GGCUGAGCGGGGGGCGGGACGGGGACUGGGACGGGACACCGGCGGGGCCAUGCUGAGCCGGAGCAAGUUCACCAGCUUGGUGGUGGGGGUGUUCGCGGUGUACGUGGUGCACACGUGCUGGGUCAUGUAUGGCAUCGUCUACACCCGGCCCUGCCCCGCCGCCGCCGCCGCCUGCAUCUGGCCGUACCUGGCGCGGCGGCCCAAGCUGCAGCUGAGUGUGUAUACCACUACACGGUCAAACAUUGGUGCUGAGAGUAAUAUAGAUCUUGUUUUGAACGUGGAGGAUUUUGAUCUUGAAUCCAAAUUUGAAAGAACAGUCAAUGUCUCUGUACCAAAGAAAACUCGAAAUAAUGGCACAUUGUAUGCAUAUAUAUUUCUUCACCAUGCGGGCAUUCUGCCUUGGCACGAUGGCAAACAAGUGCAUAUAGUAAGCCCUCUAACCACAUAUAUGGUUCCUAAACCAGAAGAAAUUAACCUUCUCACUGGAGAAUCUGCAACCGAGCAAAUUGAAGCAGAAAAACAGACCAAUGCCUUAGAUGAGCCUGUCUCACAUUGGAGAUCAAGAUUAACAUUGAAUGUGAUGGUUGAUGACUUUGUUUUUGAUGGAGCCUCUCUUCCAGCUGACGUUCAGCGAUAUAUGAAGAUGGUUCAGUUGGGGAAAACCGUGCAUUACCUUCCAAUAUUAUUUAUUGAUCAACUAAGCAACAGAGUGAAAGAUUUAAUGAUAAUAAACCGGUCAACGACAGAGCUACCUCUUACAGUGUCAUAUGAUAAAAUAUCCCUUGGGAAGCUCCGAUUUUGGAUCCACAUGCAAGAUGCUGUGUAUUCUCUGCAACAAUUUGGCUUUUCAGAAAAGGAUGCAGAUGAAGUGAAAGGAAUUUUUGUGGAUACUAACCUGUACUUUCUGGCUCUGACAUUUUUUGUAGCAGCAUUUCAUCUUCUUUUUGAUUUCCUGGCAUUCAAGAAUGACAUCAGCUUCUGGAAGAAAAAGAAGAGCAUGAUUGGAAUGUCAACAAAAGCAGUGCUUUGGCGAUGCUUCAGUACUGUAGUGAUAUUUCUGUUCCUCUUGGAUGAACAAACAAGUUUAUUGGUGCUGAUUCCAGCAGGUAUUGGUGCAGUGAUUGAGCUCUGGAAAGUGAAGAAAGCACUGAAAAUGACCAUUAAAUGGAAAGGCAUAAGACCAACAUUUCAGUUUGGUAAAUACAGUGAAUCUGAAAAGAAAACAGAAGAAUAUGAUACCCAGGCUAUGAAAUACUUGUCCUAUUUAUUGUAUCCACUGUGUAUUGGUGGCGCAGUUUAUUCACUGUUGAAUGUCAAAUAUAAAAGCUGGUAUUCCUGGUUGAUUAACAGCUUUGUCAAUGGGGUAUACGCUUUUGGAUUCCUGUUUAUGUUGCCCCAGCUAUUUGUAAAUUAUAAGAUGAAAUCAGUUGCACAUUUACCAUGGAAGGCAUUCACAUAUAAAGCAUUCAAUACCUUCAUUGAUGAUAUCUUUGCUUUUAUCAUCACUAUGCCAACAUCUCAUAGACUGGCAUGUUUUCGAGAUGAUGUUGUGUUCCUGGUCUACCUUUACCAAAGAUGGCUUUAUCCCGUGGAUAAGAGCAGAAUGAAUGAAUAUGGAGAAAGUUAUGAAGAAAAGCCGAAAAUCCACAGAGAAUAAUUAACAUAAUUCUAGACGGUUCUUUCCUUGGACUGCUACUGGCUACUUGUAUUAUGUGGUUUGAAGGAAGAAAUAAGAUUGGAUUGCGAAACAAGAGUAUUUUAAAGUUAUGACAGGACUUCAUGGACAAUACAUCUUCUACAUUGCCAAAAUCUAUUUUUGAUGAUUCUCCAACAUUUCGAAGUUCGCUUUGUUGAUUCCUUGAAGAAGGCUAUCAGCGUGUCUGCCAGAUGUCACUCAAUAGCUAGACUUCUAAACUUUUCCAUGACACUUAAAUAUUAAUUUGUCUUUGUUGUUGUAAUGACUCUCUAAAUGUGUCUUUUGAAACAGCUCAGUAACUGGAAGUGUGAUGCCUGCACUGACAAGGGGAUGUUAAGCCAUGAAAACUACAGUAAGCCAGUGGUUAGGUUACAACAGUUAAAUGUCACUGCAGAACCACAUACACAUCCAAGUGUGCCACACAAAGCCAUGUUCAGCUGACACAGGAUAUGGAAGGUUUGAAGCUGACUGACUUAAGUUAUAUGUAGGCUUUAAAACAAGCUCACUGUUUCAAAUAUUCUUCCUGGAUGGAAGGGGCAAAUAACCCAAAUGAACAAAAUAUAUGACAAAUAUUUGCCAGGCUUUAAGCCCAUAAUAGGACUUAUAUCUUUAUUUUUAAAAGGCAGAGGCUUUUCAGUAAGACAAAGGAAAAAAAAUCCAAAAAUUCAUGAGCAUGUGCAGCAAGUGAUUUAUUUUUAGUACAUAUCUAAUGUUGCCUCAACCCUUCUUGCAUUUGCUAGCGCAAUACCCUGCAAUUUCCCAUCAAUAUAGGUUUUUAUAUUGGCACGUGAGCCAUUGUGGUAUACCUCUUGUCUACAUACAUGUUUGCAUGAUAGACACUGUUGUGAUCUAUUGUGCCAGUUCUCUUUCAUGAGAAAUGUUUUCUUGGUUCUCUCGAUUUCCAUAACAUUAACAUGGAAAAAUAAAGCAUAAUGCAUUCAAAUAAUGGGAAGGUACUUUGUUUGACCCAGUAGAUGCUCAGAAAAUCAGUGCAUAAAAUCAUCUUUUAAAAAUGUGCCUGUUAAGUUAAACUGUUUACUAAAGCACAUACUUCCAGUAGCAGCAAUGUUGCUUAAAAGGCGGUUUCUCUCUAGCUGUCUAUCAUGUUAUCAAUUUGGGUAUGUGUUAAUCAGAUUUCAAUUCAGCACUUUAGAGAAUGUUUAGAUUGUGCUGAAAAGAAUGUACAUUCAAACUGCAGAAAAAACGUAUGUAUUUAGAGCCCCUAUUUAUAUGGUUUUAUGAAGCAAAUUUCCAUUUCAUUGGCUAUCCUUGAAAAGACACGUUGCUUCAUUAGUGGCAAAUAAAAUGUCUGAUUCUGACAACCAGGUUCAUUCCUUGGCAAUGCCUUUUGUUUUAAAGAUAAUUUGGCAACUUUUAAUGAACUUAGAUUUUAUUUCUCCA